AUGGGUCUUCCAUUGGUAGCGGAUACUGUAUCUCUGUUAUCUGAUUCUGCUUAUGAUUCUGUUUCUGAUUCUUGCCACUAUGCAAUGGGCCCUCCAGUGGAUUUCAUCUAUGUUGGAAUGCAAGGGUUGAAGAUGUCGAAAACAAGAGCCAUUAAUAUAAGCUCCAAUAACGAAAAUAUUGAUGCCCUCUGGGAGUUUGUUAGGACUUUAGGGGCUAUGACGCAAAUGAUGAAGGAAGCUAUGUCAGCACCAUCUUCCCCUGCCCCUGACUCAAAUGAUAGCAGUUUGAGAAAGAAAUUUAGGAGGUUGGCUGCUCCAACCUUCUUUGGGCUUGGCGAAGUAGAAAAGGCUGAAAGAUGGAGAAGACAGAUGGAGAAGAUCUUUGAGGUACUGCAAUGCACAGAAGAACAGAAGGUCAGGCUGGGGACCUUUAUGCUGGAAGGGGACGCUGAGCACUGGUUGGGCGCAAUGAAACAGUCCUGGGCAGAAGCAAGAACGGAAGCAAACUGGGAAAACAUUCUUGAAGCCUUCCACGAGAAAUGUGGCAAGCCGAGCCACCAAAUUAGAGAUUGCCUAGUGAGGGGACCUGAAAAUCUACCCAAGACUCAAGGUCAGGUAUUUGCUCUCACUGAGCAGGAGGCUAAGGCAUCAACUUCAGUUAUCAGAGGUACGCUCCAUGUUUAUGGGUUGGAAGCUAAAAUUCUAAUUGACCCUGGAUCCACGCAUUCUUUUGUUGCACCUCACUUUAAAUGCCACAUAAAUGUUAAACCUGCAUUGCUUAACUGGAUAUUGGUUGUUGGUACACCUAUGGGGGAGUCUAUAGAAACUGAUACUGUUUAUAACCGCUGUGAAGUUCUGCUUGAAGGAUGUAUUUUGCCUAUGGACUUAAUCUUGCUAAACAUUCAGGAUUUUGAUGUAAUUUUGGGCAUGGACUGGUUGUCCACGUAUUAUGCUACAGUAAUUUGUUAUGAUAAAACUGUGACCUUCUUAUGCCCAAAUUUGCCUACGUUCAUAUUUGUUGGUAUUAAAGAUAUUUUCCCUAUACACCUUAUCUCAGCCCUUCGGGCUUCCCUCCUAUUAGCCAAAGAAUGUGUUGGGUAUUUGGCAUAUGUAGUAGAGAAUGGGGAUGUCCAGUCCAAGUUGAAGGAGAUACCAGUGGUGAGGGAGUAUCGGGAAGUUUUUCUCGAAGAGUUGACUUCUCUGCCUCCAGUCAGAGAGAUAGAGUUUGAAAUAGAUGUGGUUCCUGGGUUUGUGAAAAAGAAAGAUGGAUCUUUAAGACUUCGUAUGGAUUACAGACAGCUGAACCAGGUCACUAUAAAGAACAAGUACCCCUUGCCUAGAAUUGAUGACCUUUUUGAUCAACUACAAGGGGCCCCAGUAUUUUCUAAAAUUGACCUCCGAUCGGGUUGUCAUCAACUAAGGGUCAAGGAAGGGGAUGUCCCUAAGAUCGCAUUUAGAACCCGGUAUGGCCACUAUGAGUUCUUGGUAAUGCCAUUUGGAUUAACCAAUGCCCCGGCAGUCUUCAUGGAUUUGAUGAAUAGGGUGUUUAGACCCUUUUUGGAUGAUUUUUUGGUGGUCUUUAUAUAUGAUAUUUUGAUAUUUUCAAGAAACCUGGAAGAGCAUGGGCAGCACUUAAGAACGGUCCUCCAAACCCUGAAAACAGGAACAUUGUAUGCCAAGUUGGGGAAGAGUGAGUUUUACCUCCCUAACGUGUCCUUCCUUGGGCACAUUAAUUCUAAGGACAGGGUCGCAGUUGAUCCUUGUAAAGUUGAAGCUGUUCUAAACUAG